AUGCCUAAAGAAUUCAAAGAGCUGAAGCUGAAGAAGGGCGAGUGCAAAACUUCGUUCUCUCACGGAAUCAUGGUGAUGCAGUGGAAGGACAGAAAGCCUGUCACCAUGCUUUCAACUUGCCACAGAGAAGCAGACAUCAUAGACACUGGAAAAAGGCGACACAAGGGGUAUGAGCCAGUGCUGAAACCGCGAGUUGUACAAGACUACAACAAGGGAAUGGGAGGCGUUGACCGUCAAGACCAGCAGUUGGCUUCCUUUCCCAUUAUGCGGCGGUAUGCGAAAGGGUACAAGAAGAUAUUUUUUUAUGUUCUUGAUAUUGCCAUCUACAAUUCCUACGUUUUGCGAGCUAAGAAAACUGGGAAGAAAUGGUGUUACACUGAAUGGAAGAUCAGUCUUGCAGAAGGAAUCAUUGAAGAGACAGCGACGCUGGGAUAUCGAAGGCGAGGUGCGCACACUACGGCACCAUCUCCAAUGCGCCUUGAGGCUACCGAAUGGGCCCAUUUCCCACGCCAAAUCGCGCCAAAUCCUGUCAAGCAGAACCCCUCAAGGCAAUGCCAGGUGUGUAAGGCCAGAGGAAAGAAAAGUGAAAGCCGCUGGGAGUGCAAAAAGUGUGGUGCUGCUCUGCACAUGCCAGAGUGUUUCAAGAUUUUUCACACAGUGAAAUGCCUAUGA